AAGGCCACCAACUGCUAAACACCAGAUAGAUAAUCACCCAGUCGAUUGGUUUGAUCGAAGCAGUUCAAAUGGAAAAUUAUUGGCUUCUGUUGCCGCUUUUCGCAGCCAUUUGCGCUCAGAAUGGUGCAAGUCAAGAUCAGCUUUAUCCAGAAGAAGAUGGGCCACAGUCACUUGAUGAGCAGCUGAAGACGCUGGAAAAGCAAUUUGCGAAUCACUUAGGAAUCGAUCGCUACACCCCGAUGGGGGUUUUACAGUUCAAAAAUCUGCUAAGCACUGCGGGGAUUUUGGAAGACCUAAACACUCGGGCCCUUGAAGUUCCCGAUCGAAUCAUAUGCGGCGCUUGCCAGGCUCUAAUCCGGAAUCUCCAGACGCAUUCCAUUUCGGUGGAAGUGGUUGGAACGGCCAUCUGCAACCUGUAUAUUUCGCUCAACACUUGGACGGUUAGCGACUUUUGCGAGCGAGUAGUCAAAGUGAAUAAGCCCAUUUUGGAGUAUGUGGUGAAGAACAGUCGAAUUCUCACUCCUGAAUACGCCUGUUCAGUUCUGCUGCAGAAGGAGGUUUGCUAUCACAGCCAUCCGGCGCUUAGUUGGCGAAUUGAGGUGCCUGAAGGCGGCCCUAGUGAACUUCCCAACACCUCCAGCCCUGAGAGGCAAAGUCCUCUGAAGAUUCUCCAUUUAUCGGACUUCCACAUUUCGCACGACUAUGAGGUGAAUGGGGUCUCAAACUGCGGCUAUCCAGUCUGUUGUAAGGCUAACUUGGGAAACCCGACUCGGGGCCGAGACGCCGGAUCAUGGGGCGACUAUAACUGCGACACUCCUCCUUGGCUCUUUGAAAACACUCUUAAUUUCAUCAAAAAUACCCACAAGGACAUUGAUCUGAUUUACUUUACGGGCGAUAUCAUCGACCACUCGAUCUGGAAGGCCUCAAUUGAGGACAAUUCGCAGGAAAUCGCCUAUACUUUUGAUGCCUUAGCCGAGGCAUUUCCGAAUGUUGUGGUUCUGCCCGCGAUUGGAAACCAUGAAGCGGCUCCUUUAAAUGCGUUUGCCCCUCCGCAAAUAGAGAAUGAAACUCUUUCUCAACGCUGGCUCUAUGACUUGAAUGCGAACCUUUGGGCCAAAUGGCUGCCGGAAGAGGCGCAAGAAACGGUGAGAAGACAAGGAUAUUUUUCGGUGCUCAUUAACCAUAAGCUCAGAGCUAUUGUGCUUAAUAACAACAUCUGCUACAUCUACAAUUGGUGGCUUCUGUAUGAGACGAACUUCCUUCGGGAGCAAAUAGAGUUUCUAAAAACUCAGCUAAUUGAAGCCGAAAGCCGCGGGCAAUUCGUACACAUUAUUUCGCAUGUUUUCCCGGGGGAAAAGGAGUGCGUUGAGCCUUGGGAAGCCAACUACAACGCCCUGAUUACCAGAUUUUCCCAUCUGAUCAAGGGCCAGUUUUUCGGGCACACUCACACCGACGGCCUAAAGGUUUUCUACAGCAAAACAGAUGGGCGGCCCAACAAUAUGGGGUACAAUGGAGCUAGCCUGACGCCCUACCAGAAGUACAACCCCAAUUACAAAAUAAUUAGCGUGGAUCCUGACAGUUUUGAUCUUUUGGAUAUUGAAACUUUCUACUUUAAUCUAACUGAAGCCAACCGAUAUUCCCAUAGGACCCCGGCCUGGAGGCGACUUUACUCCUUAAAGGAGGCCUAUGGGCUUAGUGAUCUUUCUGCGGAGAGUUUUGACUCUUUGGCUCAACGAAUGCGCUCCGACCACAAUUUGCUUGAUCAGUAUUGGAGGUUUUUUGUCCGGGAAGGGGACGCCUCACUUAAAGAGGGCUGCAACGCGCGUUGCCGCGAAGACCUUCUGACCAGUAUUACCAGAACUUUGUCCCUAUCUUUUGACUGAGGUUGCAGAGUUUUCCACGAAAUUCGUGCUAAAGGAGAUGUGAGAAGGAGGAAGCUUUGGAGUGAAGGUUAAUUAAAAACGCCAAUUGAUAAAAAA